AUGCAUAAAAUUGGCAGGGAACGUGAUAGGGGGCGAAAAUUUGAAUCCGGUCACCAGAAAAGAAAAAGGAAUACUGCUUUUGAGGAAUGCAAAGAAGAACUAAGAGGCUCUAUGCAAAAAUAUUUGAAAACAGGGAAGAUAACUGCAAGCGAAGAGGUACCGGAGGAUGAGCCUCAGAUAGCAGAACCUGUUUUGACUGAAAGAGAGGAAGAUUCACAGCCAAGCACUUCAAAUCAGUUUGAACAACGUAACAUUUUGUUUAGCACUGAAGAAGAAGCUACAGAAGAACCACAGGAAUUGGUCUCUUUUCAUCCAGAGUGUAGUUACCAGCCUCUUACCUAUGAUCCUGCAGAAUGGACUUUCCCAGUGGAAGAUAAAGAUAGAGUCUAUUUUAUUCAGAAAGGACCCAUAAGAGAAGACAUUUUAACUUUCCCAUUAGACAGUACAAAACGGCAUUUUUCUACCUUUUAUUACACAAGGAUUCUAAGCAACAAGGAGACACAAGAUAGGCAUUGGUUAGUUUAUUCUAGACACAAGGACUGUGUUUUUUGUUUUGCCUGUCGUUUAUUUGCAUCAACACGGAAAGCUUUAGUGUCUGAUGGCUGCAGUGACUGGAAGAACUUGAGCAAUCGACUUCAUCUUCACGAAAACAGUUCUGACCAUUUACAGAACAUUAUUACAUGGAUGGAAGCUGAGAAGAGAUUCCGAUGUGGUAAAAGUAUUGAUGCAUCAGUUCAGAAGCAAAUUCUGCUGGAAAAGCAACGUUGGCGUGAAAUUCUAGAAAGACUCCUAGCCACAGUUCAGUUUUUAGCAUCUCACAACCUACCAUUUAGAGGUCACAGAGACACUUUAGAAGAAGAGAAAAGUGGCAAUUUUAUAGAUCUGAUAAAACAUUCUGCAAAGUUUGAUCCUGGUCUCCGUGAACAUUUACAGCGAAUAGAAGACAAACGUAUUCACAACCAUUACUUGGGAAAAAACAUACAAAAUUAA